AUGCAACUGCAAACCGGCGAACUCCCUGUACGAUACAAUACCGACGGCACCAUUGCGAAAAUGGCCCCUCCCAAAGAAACCCGCGAGUUCAACGGCAAAUCCUACGUCAUGGAAGAAGCCAUCUUCGGUGACUACGCUUUCGUCAAAGUCGCCAAAGCCGAUCGUCUCGGCAACUGCCAGUUCCGCAAAGCACAAAACAACUUCAACGAAGCCAUGGGCAAGAACGCGAAGAUGACGAUUGUCGAGGCCGAUGAGAUCGUUGAGGAUGGAGAGAUCGCUCCAGAAGACAUUCACCUCCAAGGCAUAUACGUCAAGAGGGUGAUCAAGAGCACAGUGGGCAAGGAGAUCGAGCGGAAGGUCUUCUGGAAGAGCCCCGAGGAGCAGAAGAAGGCACUACUGGAGGGUGGCUCAACCGAAUCAUCACAGAAGCGCGAGCGCAUUAUCAAGCGCGCAGCACAAGAACUGAAGGAUGGCAUGUAUGUCAACCUCGGUAUUGGCAUGCCGCUGGCAGCACCUGCCUUCCUACCCGAGGGCACCGAGAUCGUUUUGGAGUCUGAGAACGGAAUCUUGGGUAUGGGACGGUAUCCCAAGCCUGGCGAGGAGGACCCCGACCUUAUCAACGCCGGAAAAGAGACCGUGACUUUGAUCAAGGGUGCAUCAACUUUUGGUAGCCACGAGUCCUUCGGCAUGAUCCGAUCAGGCCGGAUAGACGUCGCCAUGCUGGGUGCCAUGCAAGUGAACCAAUACGGAGACCUCGCAAACUUCAUGCUUCCCGGAAAGGUCAAAGGCAUCGGCGGCGCAAUGGACCUAGUCGCGAACCCCACACAGACCAAAGUCGUCAUCACCAUGGAACACGUCGACAAGAAGGGCAACCCCAAGAUUCUGAACCAAUGCACAUUCCCUCUCACAGGACAAAAGUGCGUGAGCACUAUCAUUACGGACCUGGCAGUAUUCGACUGCGAUCGCGUCGAAGGUUUGACCCUGAAGGAGCAUGCCAAGGGCGUCACCGUGGAUGAGAUCAGAAGCAAGACGGAGGCGCCAUUCAAAGUCAGUGAGAAUCUGAAGGAGAUGAGCGUGUAG